AUAGUAACAAAAUUACUUGAUGCGUAAUAUUACCAAACGCUUUUUCGAAAACUAAAUAUACAUAUCAAAAUCCUACACUUCUAGGGCAAUCUGGAAUCAAUCAAAUCGAAUCGAAUCCAUAAUUCAAAUAGUUCCUUUUCGAUCGAAUCAAAGAUUAUCAAUUCCCGAUUGAAUAAUAAGAUCACCGUUGAGAUUAUCAUUAUAAAUGGAUAUAGUGGAGUUGUGGGUCAUAUUCGGUCCUGGAGUCGCCGGAGCAGUCUUCGGCGCCGGUUGGUGGUUUUGGGUCGAUGCCGUCGUUUGUAGCUCUGUUAAAGUUUCCUUCGUCCACUACCUUCCAGGAAUAUUUGCGUCAUUGGCUGCUUUGAUGUUCAAUUCCGUUAAGAAAGAUGACGUUAUUGAUCAAUACUCCCCAUAUGACGAGGGCGAAUGGAGAGGGAAACUUUGGCUUUUCAUAGCGUACAUUGUAUCCUUCAUUUCAUUGGCAGCUUCGGUUGGCCUAUUGAUACAAGAUGCUCUGGUGAAGACUGGCCCUUCAGCAUGGACAGGAGUUGCUGGUGUUUUUCAAUGUGUGUUUGUAUUAAUAAGUGGUCUGAUGUAUUGGACUUGUAAUUCAGAAUAACUUGGUACAUGCAAAACUCUCCUUCAUUGCUGCGAACUGUUAAACCUUGUACCUGUAUAUUUGGUAUUUUAAACAGGAUUAUAGCUUGAUCCCCUCUGUACAUGUGUCUUUUAUUAUUAUUUGUUUAUAAGCACUCGUCAAAUCUAACCAAA